GGGGUUUUCCCGAUCACACAUGUUCCAAGAGUUGGAGCAUGCGCAAUAAGCUUUCUUUCUUCUCUUACAACGUACAAGAAUGGCUAAGAGAAAGACUCGUCAGAAGGAGGAGGAGAACAUCCAACUGGGGCCUCAGGUGGCCGACGGAGAGCUUGUCUUUGGUGUGGCUCACAUUUUUGCCUCAUUCAACGACACUUUUGUGCACAUCACUGACCUCUCGGGACGGGAAACAAUCACCCGGGUGACUGGUGGCAUGAAGGUGAAGGCAGACAGAGAUGAGGCCUCCCCCUAUGCUGCUAUGUUGGCUGCCCAGGACGUAGCCGUACAGUGCAAAGAGAGGGGGAUCACUGCAUUGCACGUCAAGCUGCGAGCAACGGGUGGAACCAGGACCAAGACUCCUGGCCCUGGAGCGCAGUCUGCCCUGAGGGCUCUGGCAAGAGCUGGAAUGAAGAUUGGCAGGAUUGAGGAUGUGACACCAAUCCCGUCCGACAGCACAAGGAGAAAGGGUGGUAGAAGAGGACGACGUCUAUAGAGACAUUGCGGUACACUGUGCGUGUCAGUAAAUGGACAGCUCAUAAUUUUCGUUGUGCCGUCUUGUUUAUGAUUGGUUGCUGUUCUGCCACUGUUUACUAAUUUGUUAUUAUUCAGAUAAAAUUAA